CGCUCUUUGUCCCUAAAGCAAGACAACACAUUGACGUAAUAAAGUAAAGACGCUGUAUGAAACAAUUAACAUGACCACAGUCAACUUGUAUCGACAGAUCAAAGCACUGUUCGGUAUUUUGAUUAUUUAUGUUAUGAUUACUAGCAUAUACUUCAUAAAUACACGCUACAGCAAAAUAAAACAGGUCGUUUAUGAACAGGUUAACUUGAUGGAUAACAAAAGACCAUCAACACGACAAAGGAAUGACGAAGGAAAUAAGCAUCAUAUAAUGUAUAAUCAAACGUUGUUAUCUGCCCUUACCCAGGGCUAUUGGAAGCCUAAAAACGUGGCAGAAAUAGAAAAGGAUAUGGUGACCUCAAAGCUAAAACGAUGGAGAAUGAGAAAGAAAAUAGAAUACAGCAACGACACGACAUGUGGACAUGCUUAUCAAGGCUAAAGAUCGGUGUGUAAUCCGGAAGACAAAAAUGCCUGUUGCAAAGAAAGUCGAUGUCGAGAUAUUUCCUUGGAAGACUGUGAAUGUCCAACAUGUUUUGACGAACGGUCACGGAUUUAUCACGAAUUUCAUGAGUGGACUCCAUAUGGUAUUAACAUACGCAAUAAUGUAUCACGUGAUGAUAUAUGCACCGGGCUUAGGAAUUUAAAUGUGUCAUCAAUUAUUACGAUCGGCGAUUCUUUGAUUCGACAAAUAACGGUUCGUUUCUGGAGGCGCGUUUACAAGGGACCAGUGGUACAUUUACUGAAUAACGAUUCCUCCCAGGAAUUAAUCCAGAAGUGUCAGCCCAAUACGAACACGUGGGGGUCCAACAAAUGUUGGGAAAGGAGCUUCGUGAACAUCUGCGACGGAAUCAAAUUCUUCUAUCAUAAGAUAUACAGUAUACUAGAAUAUCAACCAAUUAGGGAGUUCGACGAUUUGCGAACAUUGAAGAUGGAACAUCCGGGGCGUAUUCUUGUGUUGACAGACGUCGGGCUUCAUGACAACCUUAAUAUACGAACUAUAUAUAUCUACCUUAAACAACUUUUCGACGUGAUCCAAUCCCUAGAGUCCGGUUGUAAUGCAGAGACAUCGUAUCCAUGUGGUCCAUCAGUUGCUGCGUAG